AUGAGAACGUUGCUGCAACGUUGCUGUGAACAUAUAGAUGGGCAAUCAAGUUACUAUCGUGCAAGUGCAAAGCAGAACGAUUCGAGCAUGGCGAAGGCAAAGCAAACGUGGAAUGUUUGUACAAACCAGCCAAAGGAAAACACCACUGAAGCACGGUACUCCAGACAAGAUUGUCUUUCUGAUCCGUUCUGUGGUGGCACACUGGCGUACUGCCACCCGUUCGAAUUCUGGUCAUUGCUUCAAGGUGUUAUCAUCGGGUUUGUUGUACCUCUUCAUUUCUUGUCUCUGGGCUAG